UCAAAAUAAGAGUGCCACAACUUGAGUUCUUUCUGUGGUGAAGUUUGACCUGAGCACACAGAGAGUAGGGACAACUCUUUCAGGCGAUGUAAUGAAUAUGCUAAAGGAUAGAGAGAAUAUAUAUAUCAAUCACAGUCCAGCCUUUCGGGAGACAAAUCCUGAUAAUGCCUUUGGAUCAGAAGCUUUCAAGGAUCUGACUGACCCGAGACAAAGCUUAUAACUGAGAUUCAAAAUGCAGGAAAGCUUGAAAAGAUCCAUAUCUAGAGAUCGUCCAAGCCGUUCCUCUACGGAGAACUGGUUUGAGAGAAAACAACGCUUAGCAAUAUCAGACAGUCAAGGUUACAGCGGACCAAAGGGACUCGUUCCUGCUAGUUUGCAGCAGCAGGGAGGGAAAUGGAGUCUUCAGAAUGACCCGACCCAAAAACGAGGCACAUCAGAACACACUGGAAAGCCGUUCAGGCAAAGAGCUGAGCCACAUGAGAAAAGAAGGAUAAACAGGAGAUUACCAGACACAGCCAGAGGAGGCCAUCGAGGUGCUCCAAAAUUGGAAGAGCGAACCAAGUCAGACGUUACAAAAAGCUGGACUUUUGAAGUAAAACUGUCUGAUUUUCCCGAGCUGUGUGAUUCCAACACUCUCACAAUCCCAGCUGCUCAAUCCUGCUGGGGUUCGGUCAAAUCACCAGAUCCUCAUGAGUCACCAGCAGCCACUGUUAAGGAAACGUCAGGAAAUAAAGGACCAAAACAGGAAACUACACGGCAUGUCGCCUCAGCAGAAAAGACACUACAGAAAAUGACUGCCACAGAGGACAUUGUGCUUGUGUUACCAAACCCUUAUGAAUUACCAGCAACAUCAUGGGCCAGCAUUGCCUCCCAGCCUCCUAAAGUCAUUCAGAAGAAUCCUGCUGCACAAGAUGCAAACUCACAGGAGGAUGCUGAACAAACUGCCAAAAAGAAAAGGAAGAAAAAGAAGAAAUCUAAAGCUGUGUGUGAGGAUGAAGAGCAGGAGAAAAGCAAUAUGGUACUGAUGCAGCAGGAUCCUCCCAAGAUUGAGGAUGAAGAAGAGUUUCCGGAUCUCUCUCUUGCUGCUGUCAGUGCAAGCAAAGGACCAAAGCAUACGUUAAAUCCGAGAAUUCAGGAGAGUGCUGGGAUACCUGUGAAAGAUGGAUCAGUUUUGCAUUUGGAGAAUAUAAAACACAAAGCUGCUGAUCUCAAGUCUGGGCCUGCUACUUCAAAGAAAGUGCAGCCAGCAGGUGGGAAGAAGAGCAAGGCACUUGUCCAGCUUGACCUUGGGAACAUGUUGGUGGUUCUGGAGCAAAAACAACAGUCUCAAAAGUCCAGACAAGAUGUUAAACCUCUAACUCUUUCAGUGGGAGGAGCUCUACCAGUAAUCCACAAGGAGUCAACAGCUCAAAAAAAGCAUUCAUGGCAGCAAGAGAGAAUAGCACACAACCCUUUGGAUUCCACCUGCCCUUUAGUGAAAAAAGGAAAGCAGCGAGAGGUCCCUAAAGCUAAAAAGCCGACACCUCUUAAACGAGUCAUUUUGAAGGAGAGAGAAGAAAGAAAACAGAAUCGCCUGCUAGAAGAAAAAGACCCCACAGGAAUGACUAGCGAAGUCAGUGUGGAACCGCAAGCGAGUGAGAGUCAUUCUAUGAGCAGUUCAGAGCAAAAUUGUCAUGAACCAACAAGUGACCAAAUUGAUGUUGAGGAGGUUGAUCAAGAAGAAUCUCCCGAAGACCUGAAGAACCUUGAGGAAAAUGCAACAUCUAAAAACUGGACUUCAAAUUCCAAUCUGAAAAUUCACAGCAGGAAAUUUAGAGACUACUGCAGCCAGAUGUUAAGUAAAGAUGUAGAUGAGUGUGUGACCACUCUGCUGAAGGAGCUGGUGAGGUUCCAGGACCGGCUGUACCAGAAAGAUCCCAUGAAAGCCAGGAUGAAGAGACGGCUGGUCAUGGGUCUCAGGGAGGUCCUAAAACACCUGAAGCUCAGGAAGGUCAAGUGUGUCAUCAUAUCUCCAAACUGUGAACGUGUACAGUCUAAAGGUGGUCUCGAUGAGGCUCUUCACAAUAUCAUUGAUACUUGUCGGGAACAAGAUGUCCCCUUCGUCUUUGCCUUGUCAAGGAAAGCUUUAGGUCGCUGUGUGAGCAAAGCUGUUCCUGUCAGUCUGGUGGGCAUCUUCAACUAUGAUGGAGCACAGGACCAUUACCACAAAAUGAUUGAGCUCACAUCACAGGCAAGGAAAGCCUAUGAGGUGAUGAUUGCCAACAUUGAGGUGAGUUCUCAGGGGCAGCUGGAGGAGGAGACUGAGACACAGCAACAUGUGGAGCCACCAGUUGAUUCCCCGGAGGCAGAAGAACCAGAAUACAUUAAGGUUUGGAAGAAAAUGCUGGAGAAAGACUACAACCACAAGCUCCUACCUUUUGAGGAGCAAUUCGCUUCAGUGACCAUCAGCACAGAUUCAGACAACCAUCUGAAUGACUUUGGAGGAAGCUAAUAAUUCGCUAAUCGAAUAUGGACUUUUAUUAUAUACUGAAUAGGGGUGUAAUGAUAUGCAAAAUUAAAAUCUGAUCCAAUACUGUAGUUUAUCAUGUGAGCGCUGUGUGAAUGUGCCUAGGGAUUUCAUUUGAUUAGAACAGUCAACAUUAUUGCAUCUAAAUCAUGACUGUGUUUGUGUGAUCCAUGCAGAUUUUUAGCAGCAUACGUUGAAAUAAAUGCUAUGAAUUGAAAAGUAGACAUCAAAACAUCUAGUUGAACAUUUAGUUCUGGCCAAGCUGGGAUGACUUUCAAGUGGGAGUCUGAAACACUUGAAAAAUAUUUAUUUAUUUUGAAAACUCAGAUUUAGUUUAAUUCCCAGGCUUUUAGUUCAAUUUGCUGACUGUCAAAGGCAAGUAUCUCUGUGUAGCACCAGACAUGAGUGUAACUACUACGUUCUUCACCUUGAAAUUUUUGUCCUCAUUAAGGGGUGAUUUCAGUUGUGUUUGUAGGAGUAACAGUGGUGUUUGGUCCACAUAUUCAGCACGCUACAGCACUGUCCAUCAGCAUCCUAACUUACAGAGAAGCUAAAUGCUUCUGUAAGUAAUUUAAAGGAAAUGUCUUUAUUUUCUCUCAUUUUCACGAGUACACAAUUUAGUGUAUUAUCUGGAAUAGUGCGCAUGGGACAAUUGUGCUUUAAUUGAUUUUUUUUUAUAGAAAGCUAUUUUUUCACAGGAAAUAGUGUGUGCUCAUAUUUAAAUGUUUGUUAUACCUCACAUAAUGUAAGCAUUAUUUUAUGAGAAAUAGCCGACUUUAUUAUGCGCUGUGUUUAACUGUGCUGCAGUACACAGACAUCGAAUUAAGACAUUUAUUAAAUUAUAGUAUAUGAUCUACUAUAUCGUUACACCCCUGUGUCCGUUGACUAAUUGUCAUUAAUUGUGUGAUUAUCAAUAUUUGUAUUGAUAUAAAUCUUUAAUGAAUUUGCACAAGAACAUAUGAACAUGUCUUAACGAAGUAUCACUGCCUUCAAAAACUGUAGUUAAUAAACCACUUGCUUUAAGUCCCAUUAAAACAUUUGGUUAAAACAA